GAGAUGCUGGUAUUUUAUCUAGAAGAAGGAACCAAGGGAGAGAGAGGGGAUGGAUGACUCAGGAACAGAGCCCGAGGCGACCGAGAGGCGGUGGAAGGAGUGCAAGGCGACCCACUGGGACAGAUGGGGGAAGACUUGAUAGGGAGUAAAGAGACUGGUGGAGACAGAGAGGGGAAACUAAGGCGGGGAAAAGGGGGAUUGAGGAAUGGAGGAAAGGCAAAGGAGGGAGAGAGGGGGGAGACUGUCAGACAGGGAGGGGACAGGGAGAGAGGGGGACCAAAAGGGGAGGAACACUGAAGAGCAGAAGUGGGAGCAACCAGGGAGGCCAUGGGAAAAGGGAUCCGGAGGAAUCCAAAAUGGGAGACUCGGAGAGGGGACAGAAUGAGAGAAAAAGAUGAAAAAGACGGAGGAAUGCAGAGGUAGGUGGAAGAAUCCAGAGAGGGAAGAUAGAAGGACAGAGAGAGGAGAUGCUGGGGGUCAGAGGCAGGAGAAAAGGGAGGGACCGGGAGAGACAGUGACGGCAAGGGGGACCGUGGAGGAACAGACAACGGAGACACUGAAGGAUGGAGAGGGGAGACAACGCGGAGUGAUAAAGAUGGGGAGAAAGGAAGGCUGAGCGACAGAGAGAGAGAUCAAAAGAAAGGGGCCAUCAAGGGAGAGACGCGGGGAAAUAGAGUCUGAAGGACAGAGAGGGAGGGUAGAUGGGCACAAAAGGAGAAGUGGAACCUGGUAGGAGGAGAAUCUGGUGCUAGGAGUGGGGGAUGCUUAAGGACAGAGUGGGUACCCUGAGGGUGACAAAGGGAAGAUGUAGGGACGCCAGAGAGGAGGCUGAGGAACAAAGCCCUGUAGAGGCAUGAUCCAAGCUCCAACCCGAAGGCUGGGAUAGGCAUGGGAAGUGUUUGAAGCCAGGCAGGAGGGCAGGGUUGCCAAGCACACUUGACCUUUUGGUUGGUGGAUUAAGAAGCUGCUCUCCGGCUUUGGUGCCAGGGGAAUUCGGCCAGGCCAGAAGGGCAGAGCGAGCCACGGGGGAGCACACAUGUAAGACCCCCUACAUCCAUAUGCAUGAGUGUCUUCCAUGUGUGCACACCCAGGGAGCGGAAGUCACACACCCUAGGAUAACUCCAGGAUACCUAUGCAAGGAGAACUUGAAGUGGGUCAGAUUUGCUAGAUACCGCGUGAGGGAGGAGAGCUUGAGCCCUGGACUGCCAGCUCUGUGACACCAAUAUAUGCCCUCUGGACGAAUUUCAGACUCUCAAGCCGGCUUGCUGGAGGCGGAGGGACAUGAAUGAUUCCAACAAAGCUCCGACUCUAAGACUCUCCCUGACCUGAACUGCCCCUCUUGUUUGCCUGAAACCUUCUCUUUCCGCACUGACUCCCCAUUUCCUAAAGACUUUCCCCAUUGGACGUCUCUGUUUCCCAAGGACUUUAGCCUUCCCCCAUUCCCCCUUGCAGCUUGCCUGUCGGAGAGAGAGAGAGACCAAGGGACUCGGUACUCCCUGUCCCCAUUCCUACACUCCACCCCAACAGUCCCACACUUAGUCUCCCGAGACCCCUGGAUUCUGCUUUUCUUGUUCCGGCCAGCUCCCACUUACUGUCAUCAUCUCUGAUACCCUAGGGAGAAGGAAGGGGGCAGGCGGAGGGAUCCUCUGUUCCAACACUUCCGGUUUUUCUUUCUUGCCCUUGCCUCAUUAAUUACCUUUUCUCCCCUCCCUAGCAUUCCCUUAUUUGCCUUCCUGCCACCCUUGAAGCUCCUUGUCUCCCAUCCCUCAGGUUCCUGUGCUCCCCUGAUCAUGUGUCCCUGAGUCCCCUGGAGGGGAUAGGGGGGCCCCAAUGGCCUCCUGCCCUCCAGCCUCUGGAGGCCCCACCGCCCACCUGGAUCAGGGGGUGCCCCCCUGCCCCUCCGUUGCCCUCCACACCCACGAUGGGCAACACCACUCUGGAGGGCUGUCACGUGGACUCGAGGGUGGACCACCUGUUCCCUCCCUCCCUCUACAUCAUCGUCAUGGGCAUCGGGCUGCCCACCAACUGCCUGGCCCUGUGGGCCGCCUAUCGCCAGGUCCGCCAGCACAACGAGCUGGGCGUCUACCUGAUGAACCUGAGCAUCGCUGACCUGCUGUACAUCGCCACGCUGCCGCUGUGGGUUGAUUACUUUCUGCACCACGAUAACUGGAUUCACGGACGUGGCUCCUGCAAACUCUUCGGCUUCGUCUUCUAUACCAACAUCUACAUCAGCAUCGCCUUCCUCUGCUGCAUCUCCGUGGACCGCUACUUGGCCGUGGCCCACCCGCUGCGCUUCGCGCGUCUGCGGCGCGUCAAGACGGCCGUGGCCGUGAGCUCUGUGGUGUGGGCCACAGAGCUGGGCGCCAACUCGGCCCCGCUCUUCCAUGACGAGCUCUUCCGGGACCGCUACAACCACACCUUCUGCUUUGAGAAGUUCCCCAUGGAGGGCUGGGUGGCCUGGAUGAAUCUCUAUCGCAUCUUCAUCGGCUUCCUCUUCCCCUGGUCUCUCAUGCUCUUCUCGUACCGGGGCAUCCUGCGAGCCGUGCGCGGCAGCGUGUCCACCGAGCGCCAGGAGAAGGCCAAGAUCAAGCGGCUGGCUCUCAGCCUCAUUGCCAUCGUGCUGGUGUGCUUUGCGCCCUACCAUGUGCUCCUGCUGUCACGCAGCGCCGUCUACCUGGGCCGUCCCUGGGACUGCGGCUUCGAGGAGAAGGUCUUUGCCGCCUACCACAGCUCCCUGGCCUUCACCAGCCUCAACUGCGUGGCUGACCCCAUCCUCUACUGCUUUGUCAACGAGGGUGCCCGUGGCGACGUGGCCAAGGCCCUGCACAGCCUCCUGCGAUUCCUGGCCAGCGACAAGCCCCAGGAGAUGGCCAACGUCUCCCUGACCCUGGAGACCCCGCUGGCGUCCAAGAGGAACAGUGUGGGCCGCUUGGGCUGGGGAGGAGCCCUGGCCUCCCACUCCCACUCUCGAGGGGAUGACGUGCAGCUCAAGAUGCUGCCUCCCUCUCAGUGACCCUUCUCCGCCAGCCUCCCCCCUUCCCAGACCCCAGCCCUGGCACUGGCCCUCCCACCCAGUCUCUCCUAGGAAAGAGUCUUGGGUGGAUAAUCCUGAAGAGGUCAGGAGCCAAGAUGGAGAGGGGACACCAUUUAUUUUGUCCCCUGGUGGGGGGAUAGGUUUGAGGGUUAAUCCUGAAAAGGGGGAGAGAGAGGAAGGGGGAAGGAAGGGAAGGGGAGGGGGCCCCUGGGAAAGAUCAGUGAUCCAGAGCUGUUCCUAGAAGCGGGCUCUAGCUUGGCCUUAGUUUCCCUGUCUGUUACAUGGCCCUAAGGUCCUCCCACAUCUCUCCAGGCUUCAGCAAGCUGGUGGAGGCUUCCUACGCAGGGGCCAGCCAGUGUAGGGCCCGGGACAGUGCUGCCCUGGAGGAUCUCGAAGGCCCUUUCUGAGGAGCCUGUGAGCAGCUGCAGGGUCCCCCCCCUGGCCCUCUUUCCUGCCCCCUGCUUCAGUUCACACGCCCCUGGAGGGGGAGGAGGGAAGGAAGGGAAGGGAGGGAAGGGAGGGUUUUCUCCAGCUGCCAGCCAGGAUCGGCGGGCUGCCUCUUUCUCCCUCCACCUAUCCAGGCCACUAGGAGGAGUCUUCCCUCUAUUUUCCUUACCCCCCACCCCCACCCCAGCCUUCCCAAAUAAGGAGAAGGGGGGAAAAGAGACCGAAGAUCUCAAAGCAUAGUUUAAACAUUAACCCUUUUGGGACAAGAAUGACCAGGCUGGGCUGGGGCUGGGGAGGUGAGUGACGUCCAGGGUCAAUACUUCACUGAACCCCCCUAGAGAUUCCUGAAAACCCAUACUGGGAAAUGCAGGGGGUGGGGGGGGAGUUAAGAAUGGGAAAAAUUCUCUAAAUGAGGAAAGUGAUUCAAGGGGGGGUGGGGUUGUGGAGUGAGACACAGGAAGUGGUUGCGACUCCGGCUAAGACCGGGAGCUGAGGAAGGAGCCAGAAUAUUAUAUUAUCAUCACUCAUUUGUUUAUUGAAGGGCCAGCAGUGGUAGGGGUGGAGAGUGCCCUGGGCCAGAAGCCAGGAAGCCAGAGUUCAAACUGUGGUUCAACUACUUUCUGGCUGUGUGACCUCAAGUAAAUCAUUUCCCUCUCUGAGCUUGGUCUUCUCACUCAAAAACCAAACGGGGAGGGGGAGGCUGGACUACAUAGCUUCCAAGGUCCCUCCUAGCUUUGACGGUCUCGGUUCGGUUCUAAGGUUCCUUCUAGUUCUGACAUCCUGGGUUCCAAAGUGCAUUGUGUGCUGCAGUACUUCUUAGCUCCAACAUUUCUGUUUUCAGGCCCUUUCCAGAUCACCUCCAAGAUCCUGAGCUUCUUGAUUCUGGCCUCUGCUGUUCUGUGUUCUUGAGUCCUUUCAAGUUCUAACAUUGUGUCCUCAGUUCCUUCCUGUCUCUGACCUCGGUGUCCUGAACGUUCCAGAUAACAGGGUGAGUCCUGUGUCCAUCCCAGUUCUGCUCUUCUUUGUGCUGAGGUCCAGUCACUCAUUGCCAUUGUGUUGUGAGGUCCCUCCCUUCUAAGGUGCCCUGACUCUUGGCUUUCUGUAUUCUAACUUUCUGUGUUGACAUUCUAUGUUCUGAAGUUCUUCCUGGCCAACGUUCUCUGUUCUAAGGGCCCUCCUAGCGCUGACAUUCUAUGUUCCGAGGACUCUUCUGGCCCUGACAUUCAGUGUCCUGAGGUCAGAUGUUCAAUGUUCUAAGGCCCUUUGGGACUCGGACAUUGUACGUUGGAAGCUCCCUCUUUGCUCUGACAUGCUACAAAUUGUAACAGGAAGGAACUAGUGGGGAACUAUGAGCCUGUCCCCUCCCUUUCCCUAGUCUCUCUCUGGGCAGUGGAGUAUUUUGACUCCAAAAAGCCUUCAUGAAGCUAGCUAUCAUUAAAGCACUACAGCCUGGAAAAAUCCCAGGACAGUGAGUCAGAAGACUUGGGUUUUAGACCAACUGAGCAGCUGCAUGAUCUCCCUUCCUGGGUCUUAGUUUCCCCCUCCCAAUGGGGUUGAGUGGAUGGGAAGGGUGUUUGGAUUUCCUAGUGUCUUUCAGGGCCCCUUCUGGCCCCUUUCCACUCUUAUCAGACUGCUCUAACUAAGCCUCCAGGCCUUAGGAAUUUCGCCUGACCCCUGUUAUUCUGAGGUGACUUCCCUGCUGGGGGAGGUUGGACAGGCUGAGAUUUGUCCUUAAAAACCCUCCGGACUCUUAGUGAGGCCCUCAGUCAACAAGGCUGCCUCUCCAUUUGCUUUCUAAAAAGAGCCUGUGCGUCCAGUUAUUCUAGAAUUUCAGGCCUGGAAGGGGCACUGGAGACGAUCUUAUCUAACACCCCUUUCCCCUUUUUCCAUGAAGGAAACUGAGGCCCAGCAAGGUAAAGUGACUUCUCUGAGGUCGCAGAGUGAGUCAAUAGCACCACCGCAUGGACUAGAAGCCAGGGCUCCCAACUCUCAGAAACAUUGCUACAGAAUAGAAGGGUUCAACCCAAUUGUUAAAAAUGUCAUCCCUGUGUCCCAGCCCAAAUCUGUUUCUUUGAAAUCUCUCUCCCCACUGUCCCAUCCCCAUCCUCCUCCACCCAAGCAGACCAAAUCUGAUCCCUCUUUGACCUAACUAUCCUUUUGAAACUUGAAUACAGUGACUUCCCGAGGUAUGUGUGGCAUAGCAGGAAGCCUGCUGGAUUUGGAGCAAGCAGAUUUGGUUGGAAAUCACUGUGACAAUUACCAGUUGUGGGAUUCUGGGGGGAAACUCCUUCCCCUUUCUAGUCCUUCAUUUCUUUCUUGGUAAAAUGAGAUGGUUGGACUAGACGGUUUCUAAGAUUCUAGCCCUAAAACCUUUGGGCCUAUGAGUGUGAUGUAGUGGAAAGAAUUCUGUACUUCCAUUUGGGAGAAACCUGGGUUUGAUCAUUCCUUUAACACAUGUUAGUUGUGUGACCUUGGGUAAGUCAGCUCACCUAUCUGAACCUGUUUCUUCUUCUGAAAUAUGGGGUAAUAUCUGUAGCACCUACCUCACAGGGUUGUUGUGAGGAUCAGAGGACAUCACAUGUGCAAAGCACUUUCCAAACAAUAAAAAUGUCAACUAUU